AUGGGUCAAUUCGACAAUCGUGCGGUUAUCAUCACUGGCUCGUCCAAUGGGAUCGGUCGUGCUACCGCAGUGCUGUUCGCUAAAGAAGGAGCCAUGGUGACGAUUUGUGGAAGAGAUGAGAAAACACUGAACGAAACAAAAUCGAUGGUACUGGCGGUAAAUGGCAGCGAUGAAAAGAAGGUGUUUCUCGCUCGUGGGGAUGUUUGUAAGGAAGAGGUGAUGAUGGAAAUCGUCGACGGAACAGUCAAGGCGUUUGGCCGACUGGAUGUCUUGGUGAGUCCUUGUUUGUAA